CAUUCUUCACAACUUGCAAAACCACAUAAUAUAGAAAGAACUACAACAAACAAACAAACUACAGAGUAUCCCCAUUCAUUCAUAGAUACACAUAUAUUUCAUCACAAACUAACACAAUGAUUCUAUCUUGGAGAAGAAGGAGAUCGAGCAACAACAAGAGCAGCGAGCCUGCUUUGAAUGACAGCAGUUUGGACACGGAUGUUAUGAUUCCAACCCACUUUCGGUGUCCGAUUUCUCUUGAUUUGUUGAAAGAUCCUGUCACGUUGUCUACUGGGAUCACGUACGAUCGAGAGAGCAUCGAGAGGUGGAUUGAGUCUGGCAACCAAACUUGCCCGGUGACAAACCAAGUCUUGAACAGCUUCGAUCAAAUCCCGAACCAUGCAUUGCGCAAGAUGAUUCAAGAUUGGUGUGUCAAGAAUCGAUCUUAUGGGAUUGAGAGGAUUCCCACGCCUCGAGUUCCCGUCAGCCCCUAUGAGGUUUCGGGGAUUUGCUCGAGAAUUGAGGUCGCAACUCGAUGUGGGGAUGACAGAAAGUGCGUAGAAUUGGUGAGGAAGAUCGAGGCGUGGGGGAAAGAAAGCGAGCGAAACAAGCGGUGCGUUGUGAACAAUGGAACUGGGUGUGUGUUAUCUAAUACGUUUCUUUCAUUUGCGAGCGUUUCUAUUGAGAAGCAUGUGGGGUUGUUGGUUGAGAUCUUAUCUGUCUUGGCAUGGAUGUUUCCACUUGGUGAAGAAGGGCAAUCAAAAUUGGGAUCAACAGCGUCCUUAAGUUGCAUUGUUUGGGUUUUGAAGAAUGGUGAUCUUUCAGCUAGACAAAAGGCGGUUUCAGUACUCAAAGAGCUGCUUUCUUUGAAUCAAAGACUUGUUGAUAAGUUGGCAGAGAUUGAAGGAAUUAGUGAAGCUUUAGUUAAAAUAAUUAGAGAGCCUAUUUGUCCUAAGGCUACAAAAGCUUCUUUGACAGCUAUAUUCUAUAUGAUUUCUCCAUCUCAAACCAGUGUGAGAUUCACAUCAAGAUUUGUGGAACUGGGUUUGGUUUCGUUGAUCACAGAAAUCCUUGUUGAUGCAGAGAAAGGAACAUGUGAAAGGGCUUUAGGUGUUUUAUCUGGUAUUUGUGAUACCAAAGAAGGGAGAGAAGAGGCAUCUAAGAAUGCUCUAACUAUGCCUAUUUUGGUUAAGAAGAUGUUGCGGAUAUCAGGGAUGGCAACGGAGUUUGCAGUGUGUACUCUUUGGAAGCUCUGCAAGAAUUCUAAGAAGGAAGAAGAUGGUGAUGGAGGUGUUUUAGUUGAGGCACUUCAAUCAGGUGCUUUUCAAAAGCUUUUGGUUCUCCUGCAGGUUGGUUGUAGUGAGGCUACAAAGGAGAAGGUCACUGAGUUGUUGAAAUUGUUGAAUCUUCAGAGAAAUAGGUCUAACUGUGUUGAUGCAUCAAUGGAUUUCAAGUAUCUCAAAAGGCCGUUUUGAUUCAAGAUAGAAAAUUUUAUUCUUCCCCUUACUUAGAUGAGAAGAAAAUUUGUACAAAUCUACACAGAACUUUAUUCAAUUUUGUGAACAAAAUGUAUACAAUCAUAGAGAAAUAUAUUCAUUUUGUCAAAA